AUGUAUGUUGUAUCUGUGAUUUUACUUCUAUUCCAGUCCCAUUCCUGCAGAUUCCGGUCCCAUUCCUGUGGAUUCCGGCGGAUUCCAGUCCCAUUCCUCUGGAAUCCACCGGAAUCCGCAGGAAUCACUGGAAUCCUGCAGGAAUGGGAGGGGCACUGUAAAGUACUGGAUAACAACUGGAAAAAAAUGAUCAAUAUGGUGAGUAGCCUUUGCAAGAAGUGGAAGCACGCAAAACUCGGGCUCUCUGAGAGCUUCCAGGCUCUUGAAGAAUUAAGUGCCUCAGCAAGUAAGGAACAGAUUCAAGAAUGGGAGCAACAGAUCAAAACCGCAAAUUUGAACCAGGCAAAGGACCUUUCCUCCAUGGACAUCUAUUACAUCAAGGUCAAGGAAGCCGAGACCGAAAAGGGCAUUCGGCUAAAACUUAUGACUAAAGAACAGGAAGGCAAGGUCAAGUCGGGGUUAACCGGAUGA